AAUUCACAAGUAGAAAUGACUUGUCUCUUCCUAUAGCACAUCAUUCUCUCCCUGAAGUUUGGAAUAGCGUACGCUAUACCCGACAUACCUCAGUGGGUGGCAACAGAAAUGGCUAAGGUAGAGUUCCAACGCCGAGAAGCUACCAAGAGAAUCCAAAGUUCAGCAGUUACAUCAGAAAGUGGUCAGACAGAGACUUUAUUAAGGUCCAGCAGCAUUGCAGAAACUGAAGAAGAAAAGGCUUCUACGGGAUCGGAAGAACUUAAUUUGUCUCAGAUUGAAGCUGCUGUGACCACACCAGGUGAAACUGAAAAAAAUGUUGCCAUCCAUCCAAGAGGUUCGCUUGAACAGAAACAUAAAUCUACUAACACAGUCCAUUGUAGUGUGGAAGAUAUAGCAUGUCAGACAGAUUUUCUUUUAAACCAGAGUGUUCAGACAAUCUUGGAGAGACGAAGAACUGUGACAUUUUUUGGAGAUAUAUCUUUAGAAAAUCUAGCUAAUGGUAGUGAAAAAACAACCACACAAGUAAAUGGAUUACCUCAUGAAGAUUCUGAGAUUGAUCAAGAUCGGAAGCCUCAUCAAGAGAAAGCUCAAGAAGCAACUCUGUUUGAAGAAGCAGACCAGACUGAGAAAACAGUUGAAGACUCCCAGGUUUUGACUACACAUAUCUCAACUCAAAAGACAAAAGCUACCAGAGUUCCUCCUUGUGGACCAGAGUUACAACCUGGAUCUCCUGUGCUUAUAGUUAACAGAAAAGAAAAACUAAGCAAAAAGGAAAACUUGUGUCCAGAGACUGUUAUAGCUCCUCGAGCAAGAAUAACAGAAUUGGAGGAACUAGUUACACUGUCCCCAGUAUCUCAGGAAACUCAAGGUAAGGAAAAAUCUAGCCGUCGUAAGUUUAGUCUGCCUCAUCUUCGUCUGAUGAGGAAGUCUGGAUCUCAAGACUCUGACACUUCGUCUCCAUCACCGUCCUCUGCUCCUUCAGUUGGUGAGAAAUCUCAAAGCCCCAACAAAAGUAUGAAUGGGAGGAAGUCCUUUAAGUUCCCAUCACUUAAGAGAAAAAGACAAUCUUUACCGCAAUCUUCCUCUUUGGAUGCACCAAUUACCUUUACUUCUAAACAGUCUGAAUAUGUUCCUGAUAUUUCAGGCCCACUCAGAGUAUCCUCUCCCAAAGAGAGAAAAGCUUUUAUUUUUCCCGAUGAAAAAGAAGGAAGGUCUCAUAUUGCCAAGUUGUCAUGAGUUAUGCAGUCAGUAUGGUCUUUCUGAGCUGUUUGACUGACACAGUGUGUAUGCAGUUUCUUAAUUAUGUCCUAAUGUAAAAUGACAAUCGUAUAUAAAAUUAGGAGACUGAGUCCAACUUUUACUUGUUCAAUUCAUAUAUGAUGCUUUUUCUCUCUCUCUCAAACUUUAAUAUUUCUAGUACCCUCUCAUAACACAAAUUUUAUAAAAUAAUUUUAUUACUCUUAAACCCCCCCACCCAACAAGUAUGACUUAUUUUAGCCUAAACUGUCACUCGAUGUAGACCAAAAGUCAAAAAUAGUCAUGAGGGUUUUAAGGGUAAUAAAUCAAUUUAUAUAAUUUGUGUGAAAUAUCACUCGGUGCCCUAAGGAGAAGACUGUGUUGUUUGAAUAAGGGAUGUUUGUGUCAUAUCACGUACACAGUUUUUGUAGAAUUCUUACAAUAAUCAAUCUUUUCACAUAUACUCACAAAUUGGCUUUCUGUUCUGUUUUAUGUCCACAAUAUUGAGCUAUCUUUGCCUUUAAAAUAAUAAUUCUUAGAAUAAUAAUAAUUGUUCCAUAUUCCAUGAAUCAGAAGCAUU